AUGAAUUUACAAGAACGAAGGGAUUUUCCUACUUUACUUUCGCAGCACUUGACAUUUGGCAGUCCGACAUCUCGAGACAUCCCAUCAUCACCAUCAGUCUCCCUUGUAUCCUCCACUGCUUCCUUUCUUCAGGGCACCACCUACCAAACGUUGAUACAAGACCAUACUUUGGAAAUCACCGAGGAUUUCCAAAAUGUAGUCCAUCAAUUAGACACUGAGAAGUUGGAUGAGUACAAGUUGGGAAGGAAGCUUGGAAAGGGUCAAUUCGGGAAAGUUUAUAAACUGAGCAUUCCUGGAAGAGACACCUUCGCUGUGAAGAUUAUCUCAAAGAGACCAUUAAAUAAUCAACAAUAUUCUAUGAAUCAAAUCAUGAAAUGGAUACGACGGAAUGAAGUGAGAGAUCCAGGAAGGCACUGGAAUGCUGAUGAUGCAGUGAUGUAUAUGAAUGUUGAAAAAUGUAGAUGGGAAAUAUUUGUUUGGAAUCAAUUGCAAAAUUGUGAUUAUGUCGUGAAAUUGGUUGAAUGUUUAGAUUCACCAUCUAGCAAGAAUAUUUGGAUUAUUAACGAAUAUUGUUCUCUGGGAGAAUUACGAUGGAGAAGAAAUUCCAAGGAUGAAGUACUAAGCCAAUGGGAGAAGAUGAUUCCUGGUUGUGAUGUUCAAGAUUUUACUGAAUGGGUAUUUGUUGACAUGAUUAAAGCUUUGAGAUUCUUGGAGGCCAAUGGAUGUAUUCAUCGUGAUAUUAAACCGGCAAAUAUUCUUUGCAAUGCAAGAGAUGGACAUUUUCAAAUAUCUGAUUUCGGAUGUAGUAUUUUGCUGCCAAGGUAUGUCCCAUUCAAGGAUCCAAAAUUAGAGCAUUGUUUCCAAAUGGAACUAAACAAAAUAAUUGGAACACCAGCAUUCAUUGCACCUGAACUCUGUCAUUUUAAUGAAUCGAAAAGAAAUAACAUCCGUGAUGGAUUUAAAUUAGAUAUAUGGUCUUUGGGAAUUACUCUUUACUGUUUGCUUCAUAAUAAACUCCCAUUUAGUGGCGAAAAUGAGUUCGAUACAUACCAUAAAGUUGUCAGCGAGUCCUUGGAUUCAGAUUUAGAUGAUGUUCCGUUGAAUAAUCUAGUAAUUGAAAAACUGUUGAAGAAAAAUCCAAGAGAAAGGGUAUCCAUACAUGAGCUAUCAGCGUUAAUAGAAACUAGUUCAGGCGAGAAACAUCUCCAUCUUAAUAGCAGCUCCAAAAAUAAAAUAAAGAAGAGCAAAACAAGUAUCAAAACAUUUUUCCAUAAUAUAUUCAGCCCCAAGCAUAACAAAUCAACACAUGUAUCUACCCAACCUAUCGAACCCAGAAGGGAAAGGGUGUAUGAAUAUCAUACCAAUCCUCACUCUAUCAUAAGUAAGGGGGUCGAUGAUGCUGACGACUUCGUAGAUUUAUCCAGUGCAUCAGGUCCAUCACUCGCAUCCUCCUAUGAUGAUCCAAUUCAAGUAACAGAGUUUAUCGAUUAUGAUACAGCCCCGAGAAUACAGGAAAUGGAAAGUUUAGAAGACAUAAACGGUACAAUGACAAAUCAGAGGACGUAUACAGACAACUAUUCGAAUUCGGAAACCGAUUCACCCAAAAAGAGAAGAUCGACGAAUACUUCAUCCUCUUUUUCACCCAUUAAGCUUCCAACACCAAUCCGAGCAUUGAUCCGGAUUAAAGAUACCCCAUCACAUUCUAAAAACUCUUCGCAACAUUCAAACUCUUUUACUACUUCACCACUGAAGAACAAAUAUAGAAGAAACAGGAAACAUACUUCCAAAGAUCACAUCCCCAAAUCUUCUCACUCAAAUUCAACUUCAAACACGUUAACGUCCUCUAGAAACAUCCUCAACUUUAAGAACUAUAUUCAGAAUCCAAAAAACAGUUCUCAAGAAACCAUGCAAGAUAUCCAAGAAUAUUUAAGCUUUGCUGAUCGAUAG